AUGCUGAAAAGUAAGAUCAUACUUCUUGCCGGGUUUUUGGCACUCUGCCUUUGGGCGGAAGUUCGCAGUGCUCCCCUUGAGAAGGAUCAGGCAGAUCCUUUUGAAGGCAUCGAUUUCUACAAGCUCUUCAAUAAUCCUGAGGGACGCCUAAAUAUAGCCUCCAGACUGACUACGGUUGAUCGCAUUGAGGAACAUGGCUAUCCGGCGGAGUAUCAUGAAGUGACCACAGAAGACGGUUAUAUCAUUGGACUCUUCCGUAUUCCAUACUCGCAUAAUCUCCAGAAUCAAGAUGAGGUUCGCCCCAUUGCCUUUAUACAGCAUGGACUGUUUUCCAGUUCGGAUGGUUGGCCAAAUCUAGGACCAAACGACGCUUUGCCUUUCUUGCUCUCCGAUGCCGGCUAUGACGUUUGGUUGGGUAAUGCACGCGGUAAUACCUACUCAAGGCAGCAUACGACUCUCUUUACGAGUCAUCCUUCCUUCUGGCGCUUUAGUUGGCAUGAGAUUGGCUAUUAUGAUAUAGCCGCCGCAAUCGAUUAUUGCCUGAGCACUGAGAAUGGUCUCAAACAAAAGGAAAAGGCCAUACAUUAUGUGGGUCAUUCGCAGGGUACUACAGUGUUCUUCACUUUGAUGUCCAUGCGUCCGGAGUACAAUGAUAAGAUUAAGACAGCACAUAUGCUGGCUCCAGUUACCUUUAUGAACCACAUGGCAGAUUGGCUGGUCAGCACUUUGGCACCCUAUCUGGGACACCAUAACACAUACUCCGAGCUCUUCUGCUCUCAAGAGUUUUUACCCUACAAUGAUUUUGUAUUGGCCUUGUUCUUUAAUACUUGUCGACCCAAUUCAGUUGUGGGACAAUUUUGCGAUGGAAUACUCUAUGACGGAAGUGAUGAGAGUCGCUACAAUACGACUGCAAGUGCUCUAAAUGCUCAGGUGCAUCCAGCUGGUGUCUCGACUGAUCAGAUUUUACACUACAUGCAGGAACAACAAUCAGGACACUUUAGGCAAUUCGAUUUCGGUACUAAGAAGAAUCUGAAAUAUUAUGGCGCAGAUGUGCCACCAGAUUAUCCCACCGAGAAAAUAACCUGUAACAUGCAUUUAUGGUAUGCCGACAAUGAUGAAAUGGCCUCCGUCGAAGAUGUUCUACGGGUGGCCGAGACAUUGCCCAACAAAGUAAUGCAUCACAUGGAUGAUCCUCUGUGGGAUCACAAUGAUUUUGCCAUGAACUGGGAGGUGCGCAAAUACAUUAAUGAUCCAAUUAUAGCCAUUAUGAAUGAAUACGAAAAUCCCACAAAUUAA